UUAAUCUUUAAACUACCUAAAAAUGUCGUUGGCUGAAGAACUUAUGGCUGAUUUUGACGAUGACGACGAUGAGGAUUUGGAAGACAUUCCAGAUCUCGGAGAAAACCUUAAGGGCGUCAAAAAGGAAGAACUCGAUGAUGAUAUUGAAGAAGCAACAGAAGAACCGAUGGAUACAACUAAAUAUGCAUCAGUGCACGAUGUAGCAAAGCUUGCCAGAUCUGAUGAAUAUUUAGCACUAGUGAAACAAUUGGAAGUUGAACUGAAACGGCCUCAGGAUGAAGUGAAGGUGACAGCUCCUCUUGAAGCAGAUCCACAAUACAAGCUUAUUGUUAAAUUAUCCCACGUCGCUGCAGAUAUCGACAACGAGAUCAAUGUGAUUCACAAAUUUGUUCGUGAUAAAUAUGAAAAGCGCUUUCCUGAACUAGAAACGCUUGUUCCUAACGCGUUGACCUAUUUGGCUACUGUACAGUUACUGGGAAACGAGAUCAACAGCAAGGUAGUGAAAGAACAACUCGGCGGAAUUCUAGAUGCCUCAACAUGCAUGGUGGUCAGUGUAACAGUCUCAACAACACAAGGAGUCAAGCUUGAGCCAAAUGAGCUGGAAACCGUCAUGGAUGCUUGUAAUUUGGCUGCUCAACUUCAUGUCAAUCGUCUCGAAAUGCACCAACUUGUAGAAUGGCGAAUGGCUCUGAUUGCCCCGAAUCUGGUUGCUUUGCUCGGCUCAACUACUACUGCCCAUCUAGUUUCACAAGCCGGAGGAUUGUCUCCACUAGCCACAAUGCCAUCAUGUAAUGUACAGGUUCUCGGAAAAACGAAAAAGAAUUUGAUUGGAUUCUCAACAGUGUCCACAAAUCCACAUCAUGGUUUUAUCUAUUUCCAUCAGUUGGUUCAAAAGAUGCCUCCAGAUUUGAAAAACAAAGCGGCCAAAAUUUUAGCUGCAAAAGUGACUUUAGUUGCUAGAAUUGAUGCUCAACACGAGUCAUCCAACGGAGAAAAAGGCGCGGAAUUUCUGGCGUUGGUGGAAAGUAAAUUUGAAAAAAUGUUGGAGCCACCACCAGUGAAAGCUAACAAAGCGCUUCCAAAACCUUUGGAUAAGGCAAGUAAAAAACGUGGAGGACGUCGAACAAGAAAGAUGAAGGAACGCCUCGGAAUGACGGAUCUUCGGAAAAGUGCCAAUCGCAUGAACUUUGGAGAAUUGGGAGAAGAUGUAAUGCAAGAGCACAUGGGAUUCGAUAUUGGGCAGGUGAAGACCGGAAAUGUGACUGGUGGAAGAAUCCGAACAGCCGCAGUGGAUCAGAAGACCAGAGCAAGAAUGUCGCAAAAGAUGAUGCGGCAGAUGGAGAGACAGAAAGCAGCUGGAGGAAUGACAAGUAUUCGAAGCAAAAUGGCGGGAACUGCGUCAUCUGUCACGUUCACACCAAUUCAAGGUCUAGAGAUUAUCAAUCCAGCUGCACAAGAACAGCAACAAUGUUCAUCGACUUCAAACUAUUUCUCCUCGUCUGGAAGUUUUGUUAAUAUUGAUCGGAUGACUUUAUAAUAUAUUUAUUUGUUACUUUCCUCUUCCUGAAUUCUGAAUUCUUGAAUCUCAAACCAAAUGAAUCGACUUUUUCAUUU